GUGACUCUGGAGGGCCUACUACUGGGACGCGUCCAAACUUCAACUUAAGCUUUGAGGUCUCUGGUCUGCCUCUGUCUGUCCCUCCGAGUCUCGCUGUGCUUCCCGGGAUAGCUGUCCUCACAUUCCCGUUGUGUGACCAGAGGCAGAAGGCCAGUCUCUAUACACCACUUCUAUGCUUCGUGUGCGUUAUGCUCCCCUGAAGCCUCUCCGACAUCUCAAUUUGAUUACUACACACCGUACUGUGUCUGUCGCAACACAAAGUCACGCGAGUAACACAAACGUGGGGAGCGAUGGCGGAGAUGAGAGCGCACCCAUAGCAUCAGGAUCGAAAUACCGAACUCCUGGUCAUCACGCCGAGGAUGAGCCACGUGUCGAAUUCAAGGACGACCCUUCUGAAGACCGUGACACCAGCUAUGGCCCUCUGCAUGUUAAACUGCCCGCCCCGUCGGUUGAGCCUACCAAGAGGACACUAUCCAAUAAACUGCGCCGCCGUCAAAAGGUGAAGGAGGCCCGCGGCCCUGUUCCAAGAUUAGUUCCGCAUGCUCGUGCAAAGGGCACUCCCCGAAAACAGGGACAUCGAGUGCAUGGCUUACUUUCUCCAUUCGACGCCAUCAAACUUCAAGAUGUGCCCGUUCCAGAGCGAAAGGAGUAUUUACAGCCCCCGAUUCUGCAGCACGGCCUUGCGCGAGUCCUCACUAACCCUGGUGUGCACUGGCUUACCGAGCCUCGUACGAAGGUGGACAACUUUCCGAGCUACCUCAAAGAAAUGCCAAGUACCUCGGAAUUCGCCUUCGAACGACUGAAAGGUUUCGUACCUAGCUCUCGUGACAAUGACUUACUGAGUUUGGCGAAGAAGCACAACUGCCGUUUCGCCGGAUCCACUUCCUCGUUGACUGGAAUGCUCAGCCAGAUAUACCUAUUGCUCUGCGAAAACAAGCCCGUUGAUUUGUCAUCGCUCAGUGCUCAUUACCAGCGUGAGGCCAAUACAUUCACGCCUGGACAACGAAUGCCGAUCUCCGUCUCUCUUCGAUAUAAAAAUGGUGUUUAUGCAACUGACUCCGAUGCCGAUCACCUAGCCCAGUUGGGUUCGACAGAAACCAUUUUGAGCCAGUUGGGUCUUGUGAUGGAGAGAUUCUUCACAACAUUUCAUGAAACAAGCCCGACACCCUUGAUCAAGCGCUCUCAAGAAGAGGUAUAUCGUUAUGCGAUUCAUAACAAUUUCAUGAUGCGCGCACAGCUGGAUUGUUAUUCCCCGGUCCUUCCCGGUACUGGCGUCUUUGACAUCAAGACCCGUGCAGCGGUGCCCAUCCGCUACGACCUCGAGAGGUACAGGGACAACAGCGACUACCAGAUCAGAAGUAUCCAAGGCUCAUGGAUGAGCUUCGAGAAGGAGUACUACGACCUGAUUCGUUCUGCCUUCCUGAAGUACAGCUUCCAGGCCCGGAUAGGUGCAAUGGAUGGUGUCUUCGUCGCCUACCACAACAUACGGGAGAUCUUUGGGUUCCAAUACAUCCCGCUCGAAGAGAUGGACAUGCGACUCUUCGGCCACACCCAUGGCGACCGCGUGUUUUCGAAAUGCGUCGGCCUCCUGGAGAUUCUGUUCACAGAGAUCGUCACCCAUUUCCCUAACAAGAGCGUGAACUGCACCUGGGAGACGGUCUCCGACGCCAGCGUCAUGCGCAUCUGGAUCGAGCCCGCGGAGUGGAAGAAGGGCGGCGAGAAGCCCGUCGUGCAGCUCGACGUCCGAGUGCAGCACUACCUGGGCGGCACCAAGAUCAGCGGCGCCGAGGCCGUCGCCUCGAAACGAGGUGGCUGGACUGUUUCGUACUCGGUCAGAAAAAGCACCCUCCCUCAGGAGCAAAUCCUCAAGCUGCGCCGCGCUGCGUUUGACACGCAGCUCAGCCUGUUCAAGUUCAACCUCAGUAUCACCGAGCGCUUGGAGCGACGUGAGGACAUUGACCUCAGUCAUCUCGACCCUUUGGCGUCCGUGCCCAAGGUAGACGCGCUUGCUGGUGCAGAAGUCAAGGUGGGACCGGGCAGUGGCACCCAGCGGCGCGCAGAAAGCGUACCCGAUGAAUCAUCGUCAUGACAUCCUGGUUCAUUCGCCGUCAGUGGCACACUAGAAUCCGAGCACAUAGGACUU